AUGGGGUCAUGCAUGUCAGUGCCUGCGGGUCUGGAGGUCUCUGAGCAAGAUAAGACGAUGCACAGAGAAGCAGAGAAACAGCUCAAGGAGGCAAAGGCCAAGAUGGCAUCCCAGGUCAAGGUGCUACUCCUAGGAUCAGGCGAUUCUGGAAAGUCUACCAUUCUCAAGCAAAUGCGUCUGAUACACAAAGUACCGUUCUCGCCACAGGAGGUUGAAUCGUAUCGGCAAUUGGUAUUUGAUAACAUCACCCGGGGUCUGCGGUAUCUACUCGAUUCUAUGGAGGACAUGGAUCUAAAGGUUAAGGAUGAAAACCUCCCUUAUUUGGAUCUUGUGGACGGUGCGAGAGAUAUCCGUGAUGGGGAGCCAUUCCCUCUGUCAUUCUAUAUCCCCCUCAAAUCGCUUUGGAAUGACCCGAACGUGCAAAAGGCUUGGGGCCGAGGGAACGAAGCAGCCUUACCAGAAAAUUUACUUUACUUCUAUUCACAUCUAGACCGACUAUUCGACCGCGAGUAUCAACCCACAGAACAAGAUAUUAUCAGAUGCCGGGCACGGACGAUUGGGAUCACAGAAACGACAUUUAACUUGCGAGACCACGAGAUGCUUAUGGUCGACGUUGGUGGGCAGAAGAGCGAGCGGCGGAAAUGGAUACAUUGUUUCCAGGAUGUGACGAGUAUUCUCUUCCUCGUCAGUCUCAGUGGGUAUGACCAGUGCCUAGUUGAGGAUAAGGACGCGAACCAAAUGCAAGACGCGAUGACCAUCUGGGACUCAAUAUGCCAUUCACAGUGGUUUAAGCAAACAUCGAUUAUUCUUUUCCUGAACAAGAACGACCUUUUCGAGAAGAAAAUUCCUACUUCUGACAUCAAGAACUUCUUCCCCGACUUCGAUGGGGAGCCAGGUGACGUUCGCGCAGGUCGGGAGUACUUCAAACGGCGGUUCGGGAGGCUCGCGCAGAAAGCUGGUAGAUCAAAAGAGCGGGAAAUCUACAUUCAUAUAACGACGGCCACGGAUACUGCAAUGCUCCGGGUCGUAAUGGCUGCUGUCGAAGCAUUGUUCUCCGCUCGAACCUCGAGAUAG